GCCUAUAAAAUGUAAGAACCGCAUCUACCAUUCUCUUAACUUGUGGUUCCACUUUCUCUCUCUAACCAGUGACAGUAACCCAAACACACUGAGCAGAGAGACAGUGGAACCAGUUCCAAACUCAUAUCAGCCAUGGCUUCCUCCAAAGACCGCGACAACUUCGUCUAUGUUGCCAAGCUUGCAGAACAAGCUGAACGCUACGAUGAAAUGGUGGAUGCCAUGAAGAAAGUGGCGAAGCUAGACGUUGAGUUGAGUGUGGAAGAGAGAAACUUGUUCUCUGUUGGGUACAAGAAUGUGGUGGGGUCUCGGAGAGCUUCAUGGAGGAUCUUAUCAUCAAUAGAGCAGAAAGAGGAGUCAAAAGGGAAUGAGUUGUAUGUUAAGCGUAUCAGAGAUUACAGGCAGAAGGUGGAGUUGGAGCUCUCCAACAUUUGCAGAGACAUUAUGAUAGUUUUAGAUGAGCAUCUUAUUCCAUCCACUAAUAUUGCUGAGUCCACAGUGUUUUAUUACAAGAUGAAAGGAGACUAUUACCGGUAUUUAGCAGAAUUCAAAUCUGGUAAUGAAAAGAAAGAGGUAGCAGAUCAGUCACUUAAAGCAUAUCAGACAGCUUCUACCACUGCCGAGAGUGAACUACAAUCUACACAUCCCAUUCGUUUGGGUCUGGCUCUAAAUUUCUCUGUGUUUUAUUAUGAGAUAAUGAAUUCACCUGAAAGGGCCUGCCACCUUGCAAAGCAAGCCUUUGAUGAUGCCGUCUCAGAGCUGGAUUCCCUAAAUGAGGAAUCUUACAAGGACAGUACCUUGAUUAUGCAGCUGUUGAGAGAUAACCUUACUUUAUGGACUUCUGAUAUCCCAGAAGAUGAUGAGGACCAAAAAAUGGAAUGCACAGCCAGGAGUGGUCAAGGAGAAGAUGAGUUGGGCCGCUAACCCAUCAUUCUGUCAUAACUAUAAGAUUGAUAUAUCAAUUUUUCUCACAAGCAUAUUUUCUCCACUGUAGUGAAGCCUCUAUAUGAAUGAUGCACUGCACCUCAUCAACUUUGAGUUAUUGUUGUUAUUUCCGAGUGACAGCAUAUUUGAAACAUCUGCUUCAUUUGUAUGCUAUUUUUGGCCAGUUUUAUUCAUGUCUGGGACAGAAACACCAUUGAUUUGCAAUGCAUGAUUUCACUAUUUUUAUUCUAU